GGAAUUUCGCUUGUUCCGGCCUGGGCGCAAAGCUGUGAUAUUUGGGUGACCCCCACAACGAGAUUGAGCGGAGCGGCCGGCGUAGUGCUGGGUGGCCAGAGAAUCGUCUAAGCAAUGGAUGGCCCCCAGGAGGUGGUUUCAUUCCUUACUGAAAGUUUGGAGCUGGAGCUAGAGACAGAAUGGUGUAGACCCCCUUGCUUUUCUUGUGCCUCUGAUGGAAGGAAAAGUUUUUCUCCGGAUUCCCACCUAGCAAGUGGAUCUUUGAAGAGAUUGAUACUUAGCUUGGACCCUUUACCAACCAACUUUGAAGAGGACAUAGUAGAACUCUUUGGAUUCCAGUGGGUGACUGAAAUUGCAUUAGUGAAUUCUCCUAAAGAUCUCUUUUCCUUAUGCAGGCAACAAAUUUACAAAUUGGAAACAUUAUUACAGACUACAUGUGAUUUGGGUCAGGCAUCAGUCUUACACUCUGAAGCAAACAAUAUUAGGCAUCAAUGUGUUAUGUUUCUUCAUUAUGUGAAAAUUUUCAUCUUUAGGUACUUGAGAAUACAUGACACAGAGAAUGACGUUCCAGUUCAUCCAUAUGAGACUUUGGAAGCCCAGCUUCCUUCUGUAUUAGUUGAAGAACUUCAUGGAUUGAUUUUAUACAUUGGCCGUCUUUCUGACCACUCCAGUGUUAUCCCAGGAGCAUUUGUAGUGCAAAACCAAAUAAAGCUGUUUCCACCAUCAUGGCAUUUAAUACAUCUUCAUUUGGAUAUCCAUUGGUUAGUGCUGGAAAUUCUUCACAUCCUAAGUGAAAAAGCAUCAAAACAGAUUGUGUAUAGUUAUCAGUUAAUGAAUAUGGUUGGUGAGAAUUUGACCAGCGUCAGCCUGUUUAAAGAACAUUGUGAAAAUCUCCUUUGUGACCUAAUAAGUUUGUCAGUCAGUAGGUAUGCCAAGGUUAGGCCUUCUGAAGCUUUAAUAAGUCACCACUGUCCCUGCUUAUGCAUCAAAGAAUUAUGGGUCCUGCUUAUUCAAUUUCUUGAUCAUAGAAGUAAAGGGUGUCACACAGAACCCUUUUGGAAAUGGAUGAAUAAACUUCUAAAGAAUCUUUUUAAGAAACCAAAUGAUACAGAACGACCUUCUCUUCUUGUUGUCCCCUCCAAGGAUCCAUUGGGCUUUAGUUGGUGGAUUAUUACUCAUCUAGCAUCAUUUUACCAAUUUGAUCGUAAUGGAGUGCUAGAUGAAAAGAAACAAAUGAAUUCAAAUUGGAGCUUUGUAGAAGAAUUACUGAAAAAGUCAACUAAUCUUCAGGAUGGUAUAUUAGAAGAGCAGGUACGCAUGUAUCUUCAUUGUUGCUUGACACUGUGCGGUUUCUGGAAUCCCAACAUUCAGGCUGUUACAAUUCUGUGGGAUUAUUAUAGCAAGAAUCUGAAUAGUUCUUUUACUAUUCCUUGGCUUGGUUUACAAGAGUUUGCAAAUAUUUCUAAGUCAACCUUGUCUAUGCUUGAAAUAGUGAAGACCUGUUGUUCUGAUGAACAGAGUCAUGACCUCUAUAAAUCCAACAGUAGUUAUAAUAUUUUUCUUUGUGUUUUGGCAAAAGUCAUGAAAAAAGCUGUAGCAACCAAUGAAACACAUCCUUGGAACCAAAUCAAAGGAAGAAUAUAUUCCAAAUUCCAUCAAAAAAGAAUGGAAGAGCUAACUGAAGUUGGUCUUCAGAAUUUUUUUAAACUUUUUCUGGUGCUGGCAACUGUUGCUAAGUUGGAAGAUGUAGUCAGUCAUGUUCUGGAUCUUUUGGAUUUCCUCAGACCUGGGUCCAUCACACCUUCACAGAAGGCACUCGUUUGGAAGGGCCAAAUAGCCUUUCUUUUAAUGUAUGUUCAGAGAAACCUGGAUAUUAGUGUUUUGGCCCAGACACUUUCUGGUGCUUUUAGUGAAAAAGCAAAAGAAUUCUUAGUAUCUAAGAAUGAAUUGGGACAGAAACAUGCUUUAUGGAUACUUCUUUCUAUCUAUAUGGAUGGAGUUCAAGAAGUGUUUGAAAUGAGCCGAGAUUUGAAACUUUCAGAGGAAAUAUUGUUGAAUGAUGGAUUCAGUAUGCUUCUUCCUGCUUGUCGAGAAGCUCAGCUCAGGACUGUAUUAAACUUUCUGCAAGCUAUUCUGGCCAGAGUCAGGAGUGUGUACCAGCAGUCAUGCAGGGAACUUCCAGGGGAGAAUGCAGGCCUGAGUGUGCCAACCUCAUCAGUGGCUAAAGAGCACCACCUGGCUGCAAUUACCCGUGCACUCUGGAGAAAUUUUUUUCCAUUCCUGAAGAGCCAGAGAAUGUCACAGACGGUCCCUAUCCCUCAGCUUGCAGAUACAGCUGCAGGUUUUACUUGUUUGGCCUUGGACAUGUCAAGAAUGGCUCCCUCAGACCUUCAGCCUCAGCCAGUAAUAUCAAUGAUGCAUUUAUUUGGAUGGGAUGAUAUGAUUUGGCCCCAGCUUGUAUCUAGAUAUUUAAGUCAUCUUAUACAAAACAAAACUCUAUCAGAGACACUUUCCCAUUCAGGCUGUACAUCAUUUCAAGCCUUAACUAUACGAUCAUGGAUCCGCUGUGUUUUACAAAUGCACAUGAAAGACCUCUCUGAGCCCAGUGGCAUUUUGGUUGGUAUAGAUGCUGAACAAACUGUUGAAAAAGAGUACAUGGAACAGUUGGCUGAACUGACAAGGUUGCUAUUUCAGCUUCCAGAAGUAAAGAAUAUUCUCUCAAAGGCUCAAGUUGAACAUUUAACCAUCACACAAGACCCUCCAAAAGCACUUGUCCUAUUCCUUGAGGCUGUUGGUAUCACAUACAGUAGUUUACAAACACUUCCUGAGAAGUCUGCCAUGGUCACAAAAGCGUUAGAAUACCUUGGUGAGAUAUUGAAAUAUGUUAAGCCUUACUUGGGGAAAAAAAGUUCCAAUGCAGGUCUACAGCUGACUUACAAAAUAAUGGGAGUCCUAGUAAAGUCAUGGGCGCUGAUUCUUGCCACUUCUAAAGCACAGAAGCUCUUGUUCCGUAUCAUAGACUGCUUGCUUCUUCCACAUGCUGUGCUGCAACAAGAGAAAGACCUGCCCACAGCUAUGCUAACUGCUAUUCGGAAGAGUCUUCCGCUCUAUCUUCAGGGAAUGUGUAUUAUUUGUUGUCAUUCCCAAACUCAGAAUGCCUAUUUGAACCAACUACUAGGGAACAUUGUUGAGCAAUAUAUUGGGCGUUUUCUGCCAGCUUCCCCAUCUCUUCAAGUCCUUGAACAACAUCCUGUUCUCUUGGCAUUGAGCAGAUCAUCCACAACAUCCAAGAUUGCAUGUCUUCAGAAAAUUAUCGUGCAAGUAAUAAGGAAAUCCUAUAUUCAAUUUAAAGGAUCUUCACCACCUCCUCGCUUAGCAUCCAUUCUGGCUUUCAUUCUUGAACUUUUCACAAAAACCAAGAUGGACAUUGGUGAUAUGGAACAGCUUUUACCGAGUGUGUUGAAAUGUUUGCUCUUGGUCAGUGAACUGCAGGUUAAAAGGCUAGCCACUGAGAACCUGGACUACAUUGUAAAAGCCUGCCAAGCGAGGUCAGGAGGAGAGCCUGCCACCCAGCUGACUUCUGUGUUUAGACAGUUUGUCCAAGACAAUAGUAUGAUAUACGAGCAACAAGUCUAUAACAUCUUAGCAAUUGUGGCAGAAUUAGAUCAACAAAUUGUUACCAAUUUGAUUCCUACACUCACUCAGUGCCUGAAGGACUGUGAGCUUAAACAAGGCCUUGGCAGAAAUAUUGCACAAAGGGAAGCCUAUUGUCAACUUUUAUCCAUCCUAGGACAACCAGGUCAAGAAGAGAAGCUGAAACUGGAAAAUGAAAACACUUAGUGUAUUUUAUGUGAUUUGCACUUGUCUUUGAGAACCUCAACAUAUUGUUGCUACUUAAAGCCAUAAUAUACAAUUUGCACUUUUUAAACUCCUAGUUUUGUGAACUGGAUAAUCUAAUUAUGUGUUAAAAAUAAAAAUCUGUUUUCUAGGACUUUCUUUAUAUAACUACAUUUCCAUAAACCACAUCACUGAAGAAGUGGAAAUAGGUUCAUUAGAUAAAGCUUUCAGUAAGUGCUUUGAAGAGUUUUUAAGUAAUGUUAAUGUAAGAUAGCCAUUUUCUAAUAGAGAUUAUUGGGUACUUCUCAUGAAAUUAGUUACAUAUGCUACAUGGAAGACAAUCAAGCAGCAAGCAUUUAUUAGAUGCUUGCUACAUGCUAGACAUUGAGGUAGGUGAUAACUCUUCAUAAUCCAUGUAACAUUUCCUAUAAAAUUAAUUUAAAGACUGUAAAUGAUUUUUCUGGGAGUUCUUUUGUAUCUUGUGUUUAACUAUGUUAAGCACUGAAAAAUUCCAGCUACCUUGCUCAGUCUUUUAGCUCCAACAGUAGAGGUCUUUUUUUUCUCCCAUCAAAAUUGUCAAGUACAUUUAGUAAAAGAAGAUAACUGCAUACAAUUAAAUGAAUAAUCUUAUUUGUUAGGAUAAAACCUUUUUGCCUUUCAUUUCCACCCUCAUCCUUCUAAAUUCCAUAACCAGUCUCGUUAUUGGCCACAGUCAAUCAAUCAACACACAUUGAUUAAAUGGUCAAUGUGACCAGAAGCCAGGUAACAGCUCUGAAGGAGUUGGAGAAACUAAGACCAGGAUUAAUCCAUAAUCUGGGUACUCAAGACCUGAAUAAUUAGUAUUGACCUAUAGCAUGUUUGAGAACAUUUAGCUAUUUAGAGAUUAGCACAUCUAAGGAAAAGAUUUGAGAAAAUUUGUUUAUAGGUCUUUAUUCAGGUUCACAUUUAAAAAGGCCCAUUCAUACAAGUCUUCAGAAUGUAUUUCCUCAACAAUUAGUUUUACUGUAUUUUCACAAUAUUAUCAGUCUCUCUCAUUCCACCAUUUGUCCUUUUCCUUGUUACUACACCCUGCACGAAGACUUUGGUUAUUGUUAUGUUACUUUAUUUAAGAAAUGGAAUAGAGUUGUGGUUGGGACAGAAGAGAAGAAUAAGUUAACUGUCAUGAAUGAAAGACUAUAUGAGAACUGACAGGAUUAGGAGAAUUUUUUUUUUCCUUGAGGAGACUCAGGCAAUAAGUAUUGUCUUCUGAGAGAUGCAACUGAAUGAAUUAACUGUCAACUUUUUGAAGAAUCCAUGAGUGAGAUUUUGAGAGAAUUGAGUUUAACUCUUAUUCCAUGAGGAGAUGUUCUGAAAAAAUUCCUGGGAGAUUUAAACUGCUAUCCUGAGAAAACUGAAUCAUCAGAUCAAGGAGUUAACAGUUGCAGCCAUUAGUUAUUUGUGGUUUAGAAUCUUUCUUAGAUUCAUUACCUAAAUUUAUGUUUUUAUGUUAUGAAUUACUGUUAAUAAAUUAUAUAGCUAGUAAUUGAUAUUUAUGUCUAUGAGACCAAGGUUUGAGAGAAGAGAGAAUAUUCAUGAAAAAAUAGGUUUUUCCAAUGUUCAUAUACCCAGGUGGGGGCUCAGAGAUAAUUAAUGAAGUAAUUUCUAUAGUUAUAGGAAUGCAGGAAGUAGGAUCAGAAUGUUACUUGUUUGCCUUUCAAUUGGAUAUAAGAGAAUUAAUGUGAUAGCAAAUCAAAUACCAGGCUAAGGGGUGAUUUAUGUUUUUCCCUGAGAGAUAUUAAGCGGUGUUGCUCUCAAAACAUAAAUCCUUUUCUGUGAGGGUGCUAUAGGUUGAUUUAGCAAAACCUAGUCAUGUAACUAUUACUUCUGAUUAUAACAUGAGGCCUAUCAUUUUUAUUUGGUCCUCAGUAGAGAAAAGAUAACAUACAUUGCAUAUUAAUAACAAGAUUAAUAGCUAACAUUUACAUAGUAUAUUGUGUACCUCAUUUAAUAUUUAAGUGGUCUGGUGAAAUAGGUAUUGUUAGUAUCCACAUUGAAUUGAUACAGAAACCAAAGUUGAGAGAGAGUAAAUGACUUGGUCAUUAUCACACAGCUAGCAAAUGUCUGGGGGAGAAUUUGAAUUCAGCUCUUCUUGCCUCCAUGUCCUGCAUUCUAUCAAUUACAAUACAUAUCAUUUUAUCAAUUGUUCUAAAUUGAAUGAUCCCAUUUGUUUUGUUUUGAUUUUCUUUUUUUUUGUUAUAGGUCUUAUUUGGUAAUUCCAUAAUAACUUAUUCUGUUUAUCCCCCAAGAAUAUAGUUUUAUCAUGGAUCUAGUACUCUACCAAAUACUUAGAUCUGAAUUUGAGUUACAAUUUGAGAUUCUUGGACAAAAAAUUCUAUAUUUAUUAAAAGACAAAUCAACCUAUGGGCUUUUCUCCCGUUAUCCCCAUUUGGGGGUAGGGGAGGAAUCUAGUAUUUUAGAAAAUUAAGAAGGUAGUAUUGUUUGAAAUAUUUCAUGAUUAAGAAGAACCCUUAACAAUAAAGUUUAUCCAGAGCAGCAAGCUAGGAGUAUCCUGAAUUCUUAUACACAUGUAUGUGUACACAUACACACGCACACACACACACACUCCCUCACAUUCCCUUUAUGGUUCAUCAAGUCCAAAGAAGCAUCCAUAUUGUGCUAAGUUGUUGUCAUUACUUCAGCUAAUGUAAUUAAACAUUUUUGUGCUACUUAGUAGGUGAGAGCAUGCAUUUUUUUCCCCAUUAUAAAAGUGAUUUAUUGAACUGAGUUUAUUCUCUGCUUUCUGCACUUGAGAAUUUCUGGUCACCUGAAGAGAUUUGUAUUUUUUUUUUCAGUUUCCAAAUGGUUAUUUUAUCAGAUUUUGUUUGAACAUUAAAUUUAUCCUCAUUUUGCAAUCCAAAA